AUGCAGAGAACAAACAGACCACGGUUCUAUAACAAGCCAGGUGGAUGUCAGUAUGGACAUCGCUGCACAUUCACGCAUGCUGCAGGCCCGAUAGCCAAGACGAACCAUGCGCCGCAACCCCCCCGAGCUUUUGAUGUUCCAAACGCCGACUAUAAAACGUUAGCAACGUGGCUAGGACUUGUACAAAACGAUCCAUCACUCACACUUCCGGAUAGUGCUCUGGAUUCGUGGAUUGCGUCAGCCUAUGCGUUGGUCAACACUCCUCACAUUGAAACAAAGCAACGAGUAGUGAAGCACCUAAGUACCCCAGUGGGCUCGAACCAGAUUCGCCAUCUCACUGCAUCAGCCGCGCUGCCCGAGGAUCUUGGACAGUGCCACUCCUUCCUGAGAAACCGAGCCGCACCCUUGGUCAAACUGCUCUCCCAUCCGGACAUCAUUCAUUCCGCACUCCUAGAAGAUGCAAUAGCAUCUAUUCACACCGUUCUCUACGGCCGAGAUGGGACACGUGGUGUGCAAUUCUUCCAGUCAGUGCUUGCAGCAUUUGGGACAAUCGAGAAGCCUGACGAGUCCGACAUAGAAGAAAUGACAGCGUGCGUUCUCGUCCUGGACAGUCUCAUUGAGGUCAUAGGAACCGCAAAAAUCGAUAGGAACCUCGUUCCCGUCAUUGAGGCCUUCUCGGCCCUCAUUGCCGCCACAGACUCUCCGAGGACAACUGCGCGCCUGAAUGCAGAGAAAGCAUUGCAGCAUAUUGAGGCGCUUAUGGGAAUAGGACAGUCUAUCCCCGAGCCAUCGAACAGAACCACACUCACUACAAUGGCUACGUUCGAGCUUGCGGUAGAUGGCCCUGGGAGCCUUCAUCCAGGAGGUCCUCGGCACGACAACGACCACGAGCAUAUCAAUCAAAUUGAGAUACUACCAACAAGAGGUGAACUGAAAUCUCUACACUCGGAUUAUCUGCCUGUAAUAGACCCUGAGAAGCUGCAUGUUCCUGGAUUAGAGGGCCUCAUCGAUCGGCAGUUUCGACUCUUGCGAGAAGAUACAGUCGGCCAGCUGCGCGACGCGGUCCGUUCACUGAUUGAGACGAUCCGUCGGCCUAACAACCGUACGUCACAGCACGACAAUGGGGCGAAAUAUGGCACUCGUGUUAUGGUGUAUCAAGGAGUUCAGCUCCGCCGGCUGCAAAUCACCACUCAAGGACUUGCGAUGAAACUCUCAGUCCAGCAGCCCUACAGUCUUGCAGCGAAGUCAAGAUCUGAACGAAAGAAAUGGUGGGAGUCGUCCAAGAUUCUCCAGAAUGAAGCACUCGUGUGCCUUGUUGGCCCCGAUGGAUUCGUUGCUUUCCUUGCUGUCUGCCCCGAGCCAAGCGCGGCCAAGAACCAUCAACAGGUAGCUCAAGAUCGUCGUUCUUUGUAUGAAGACAGCAAGCGAGCCACGAUUUUCACCCAGCUGAUCGAACCCUACGGAUACUGCUUAACACGUGCGAAAAAUUGCUUCCAAGCCUCCAAGCGUCAGCCCCUCGUACUGUGCGAAUUCCCAGGUAUCCUGUUGCCAUCGUUCUAUCAUACUCUACAGGGAUUAAAGAGGUUGAGUACAAAGCUGGACACCCCUUUCGCCGAUUUGCUUGCCCCAACACAAAUCGCAGGUCGAGCUGCUCGCCUCGACGAACCGCCUCAGUACGCGCGAUUGCCGGGAUUUUCUUACAACCUGAGUACGUUGACAGGGGGAAAAGUUGCCAUAGCUUUGAAGAUCGGCCAAAAGUUUGAUUUUGACCUCUUAUCAAAGCAUUCGACCCUUGACAACGCUCAACGGACUGCAGUAGUUGAUGCAUUGAGUAGGCGGCUAGCCCUCAUCCAAGGUCCUCCAGGCACCGGCAAGUCUUUUUGUGGCGGCGCCCUAAUCAGAACGAUCCUUGCCAACAAGACUGCAGCAAAGCUUGGUCCCAUCAUCUGUGUCUGCUACACCAACCAUGCCCUCGAUCAACUUCUGGAGCACUUGCUAGAGGACGGAGUCAGCCAGAUUAUUAGGAUUGGAGGUCAGUCUAAGUCAGUGGCCUUGCAAGCCGUCAAUCUGAAACAGGUGGUACGCGGCAUGGAUACCACCAGAACUGAGCGACAGCAACAGGCGAUUCACCAUCGCACUAUCGAAUUACUACAGGGGCAGAUCACAGAAUCUCUCGUCGACCUCCAUAACGGCCCAUCUUGGCUGGAUGUUUGCCACCAUCUGGAGCGUUCACAUCGUCCUCACCAUCGACAAUUGCAGAAGCUUUUGGAAGUUCAGAUUGAGGACGACGGCUUCCAAACCGUCAGCUAUGACAAGCGGCCUGCUGAAGAGAGAUUUCUCCGCCCUCGAGGAGCAAAAGUAGCGAGACAGACAACUGUGAUUCGGCCUCUGAGCGACCUCCAUGACGCAGAGCUCUCGACUCUCGAUUCCAGAGAACGACAAAUGCUCUACAACUCUUGGGUCGAAGCUGUCCAGAGCCGUCGUUGUGCAUCAUUGCAAAUCUUGCUCGAAGACCUUUCCACCGAGCGAACUGGUCUUAGACAAUGUUUCGAUGAACGCGACCUACGAUGUCUUUCUCAGGCAAACAUUAUCGGACUAACUACCUCCGGUCUUGCAAGAAGACUUGAUCUUAUCCGACGUCUACCAAGCAAAGUACUGAUCUGCGAGGAAGCUGGCGAAGUGCUGGAAGGUCAUCUGAUAACGGCAUUGAUCCCGUCUAUCGAGCACUGUAUCCUAAUCGGUGACCACGAGCAGCUGCGACCACGAAUUUGCAACUACGAUUUAGAGGCUGCAAAUCCCCGCGGAAAGCGUUUUUCGCUGGAUAUGUCGCUUUUCGAGAGACUGAUCAAGCCGAGUGCUCCCUCAAUGCCUAGACUUCCCUUUACGACACUGGAGAUCCAGCGACGCAUGCAUCCUUCCAUAUCAGAACUCGUGCGCGAGACUUUGUACCCCAAAUUGCAAGAUCAUGCAGGUGUCAGUUGUUAUCCACCAGUAGUCGGCAUGAGCCGAAGACUGUUCUGGAUGGACCACCAAGUGUCUGAAGACGGCAAGGACGAUUCGACGUCAUACUCCAAUGUCUUUGAAGUCGAUGUCGUCGCAGCGCUCUUGCAGCAUCUAGUGCGGCAAUGCAAAUAUGAAGCUGCCGAUAUUGCAAUCCUGACACCAUACCUGGGACAGUUGAGACUGCUAAAGCAACGUUUGAGCAGCAUCUUUGAAAUAGUUGUCGACGAUCGCGAUGUCAACGACCUUGAGAAGCAUGGCAUGAGCGAUGGUCUCGCCGCUGGACAAGCUAUUGGCGUGUCAAAGACGACUCUGCUGAGCACUCUCCGCUUAGCAACAGUGGACAACUUCCAAGGUGAAGAAGCCAAAGUCAUCGUCGUGUCUUUAGUCAGAAGCAACCAAAACAAGAAAUGCGGCUUCUUGAAGACUACAAACCGUGCCAACGUACUUCUCAGUCGGGCCAAGCAUGGAAUGUAUUUGGUGGGCGACUCCUCGUGCUACGAAACGGAGCCGAUGUGGGCUAAAGUUCUCGAGCUUCUUCGCAAGAACAACAAUCUUGGUCCGGCGUUAGAGCUGCGCUGCCCUCGACAUCCUGCAAAGCCUAUUGCAGUCAAAAAUGCUGACGACUUCGCCCGUCUCUCGCCCGAGGGCGGUUGUGAUCUGAUCUUGGACGGCAUCAUGGGCAUUUCUGACCACUUCAACUUGGAUGCCGACGGCAGGGUCCUCGGCUUGAAAGGCGACUCGCGCCCGUUCUCCACCAAGCUUCAGCUAUGCGUCAAUUGCCGGAUGCCCAUCGCCAACCUGCAGCGGUACAACCGAAUUUGGCGACGGACCAUCCUGGAUGAGUCAACGAAAAAGUUCAUCAGCUGGAGUUCUUCAUCAUUCGUGCCUCUUUCCCAAGGGGUGGAUAGAGAGGAGGCUGCUCUCGCGAAGAAGGCACUUGGAAACCCACAAGAUGUUCGCAACGGCGAUGACGCUACCGCCGCAACUGCGGAAAUCCAGCUUCGGGGACUAUUCGCCGACAUGAUGAAGACCUUGCGGGCCAUUCCACAGCUCUUAUCUCGGUACAACGCCAUUUGGAAGCUCCGAAACCGCAUUCUGCGAUACCAUCGUCAAGUGGAGGAAGGUGAACAGCCUUUUGGUCGCAUCUACAACAUGCUCCGCGCCCAUCGCAUCCAAAGCGGUAGACGGUCUGACGCCCACUCGCGUGACCACACUAUAUUGCAGAGCAAGCAGCGCAUGCUGGCUUCGUCGCUGAGCAUCCGGUGUGACUUGGCAAUCUUGACCGACUUUUUCAGCAUCCGCCGAGAGCACAGCACCGCAUACACUGGACCCCAGGACUGGAAAGGGGUCGGCGUUACCGUAGACUUUGGCGAUGCGUACGAGGCCUGCCGUGGCUUUCUGAAGGAGGCUACUGAGCGUGUCCUACCGAUGCAAGAGGUUGAGGCCGCGAUCUACUUUAGCCGCUUGGUCGCUCUCGAGCGUGGCAACUCGCAGACUGGGGAGCAGCGCGAGGCUCUUGGCAUCACAGGCAGGGUCAACGAAGCGCACGGGUACUUGCAAGAGGCCGAACGUCUAUGCGUUUCCAAACCCGGGAGCACGAAAGGUAUGGCGGCCGAAGUCGCGGCGGCGCAAGAGUUGUUAUUGCGGGAGGAUACAUUCUACCAAGCUGUGAGCAAUGAAGAGAAGCGGGCGGUCGUGGCGGCGAUGAGCAGCGAAUUCAGAGGUACGGGUCACUGGUACUACUGUCCCAAUGGACAUCCUUUCACCAUUGGCAAUUGCGGGCUUGCUAGAGAGCAGGCGACAUGUCCGGAGUGUGGGGCUGCUGUGGGCGGAAUGAAUUAUCAACUAGCAGAGGGCAACACCAUUGCGCGAGACCUGGAGCAAGAGCUGGGGCGGAUGAGGAUCUGA